AUGAACUGGUUAAAGAAAACAUUUGGUCACAACACUAAUGGUGAUGACAACGAUGAUGAAAUGAUCAAUUCAAUAAAUACUUAUAAAAUAUAUCAAAUAUCUUAUGAUCGUUCCAUUCAAAAUUUUCGUCUCAUAUGGCUCGACAGUAGUAUCGAUGAAAUCAACAAUGAUGCAUAUCGACAUUUACAAUGGGCACAGAAAUGGUCUAAAGUAAAAGGUGUUUUUAUAGAUAUUGAACCAAUGUGUGAAGCACUUAAAUAUGCUUUUGAAGAUUGUGAUCGAAAUUCUGUCUCGAUGAGUUUUCUUCAAACGACUGAUGAAAUAUCAAAUAUAAAUCUUAAUCAACUUGAUUCAUCAUUUAUGUAUAUACAAAUACUCAAAGAUAUUUUGCUUACUAUUGAUUUUCAACAAGAAGACAUCGAAGAAUUUCUGAGAUACUGUCGAAAGGUGGUGUUUGUGGCUAAUAGCAAGGAACUUCGAUGUAUUGAUAAUGUCAGGCAACUUCAAUAUGUUGAUAAGAUUCAACAAACAUAUCACUGGUAUCGACCGAUUUGGUGGUAUACAAAUCCAUGUUUUCUUUAUUCUAUGCUUAAUAAAGCUUUACGUAUGAUGGAAGUCGAUCUAAUUGUUAAAAUGGGUUUUUUCCUACGAGAACUUCAUCAAGAUAUCGCUAGACUACACAAGCAACAAUAUAUUGAACAUCAGAAUACUGUUUCAUUUGUUGUAUAUCGUGGUCAGCGUUUAUCAAAGACAGAAUUUAAUCAAUUGAACAUGACACAAGGUGGAUUAUUAUCAUUCAAUAAUUUUCUAUCUACUAGUACAACGGAUCAGAUAGCUUUGAAAUUCGUUCGAAAACAAAAAUUAAAUUUAGAUGAGAUAGGUGUUCUAUUUGUCAUACAAGUUGAUCCUUCAAAAUCUUCAAUACCUUUCGCUAAUGUUCGCGAUGUUAGCUUUUAUCCUAAAGAAGAUGAGAUUCUCUUCUGUAUGAAUUCUAUCUUUCGUAUUGGAGAAAUAACGAAAAUAGACGAUACAAUCAAUAAUCGUCUCUGGAAGGUAGAUUUGACAUUAACAAAUGAAAAUGAUCCUCAACUACAUGCUUUGACUGAAUAUAUACGAAGAGAAACAUUUAUGAUAGAAAAGGGAUGGUAUCGAUUGAGUAACUUUCUGAUUAUUCUUGGUGAAACUGACAAAGCUGAAGAAAUAUGCAAUAGACUGCUAGAUAAAACAACUGAUCAAACUGAGAAAGCAAGUAUCUAUCAUACACUUGGAAUGAUAAAGUAUGUUCAACAAAAAUACCAAGAAGCAAUUGGAUUUUAUAAACAAUCAAUUAAAAUUAAGGAGAAAAUUUAUUCUUCGAAUCAUUUGUAUUUAGCUUCUUCUUAUAGCAAUAUUGGUGAAGCGUAUAAUAGAAUUGGCAAGUAUACAGAUGCACUUUCCUUUCAUAGGAAAGCACUUUUAAUUAAAAAAGAAACAUUUCCUUCGAAUCAUCCUGCAUUGGCACAAUCUUACGACAAUAUUGGUUCGGCAUUAGGUAAUUUAAGCAUCUAUUCACAAGCACUUGCAUAUUAUGAAAAGGCUCUUGAAAUUAAAUGUCAAAGUCUUCCUUCAAAUCAUCCUGAUUUAGCACAAUCUUAUAAUAAUAUCGGUUGGACAUAUGAAAAAAUGCGUGAAUAUCCAAAAGCACUUUUAUCUCAUGAAACGGCACUCUCCAUCAAAAAAAGAGUUCUUCCUUCAAAACAUCUCAGUCUAGCUGAUUCUUACAGGAACAUCGGCGCAAUACACUUUAGUAUGAAACAAUAUUCAACUGCACUUUCAUUCUAUAACAAUGCUCUUGAUAUUUUACGAGAUUCGUUACCUAAAAAUCAUCCUAAUCUACUGAAUUUGGAAAGAAACAUUGAAUGUAUAAAGAAAAAAUUGUAA